AAGGACGAUGGCGAUGUUAUAAAAUAUUCGUUAAUGAAUACAAAAAUGGUUGCCGUUCAGGACUAUCCACGAAUUGCAUUUAUUGUUUUUAUGAUUCUCCACGUUGUCUGGGGAGAAAGACACAGUAUUAAAGUUGUUGAAGAACCAUCCAGUUAUGGGAUAAUGAACAGUUACCAUGGUGGAAAUGUGAUUGAAAGUCAUGCAUCCAAAUUAAAAAUGAGAAUAAAGCCAUCAAAUUUCUCUGGACCUGCUCUUUUUCACAGACUGGUUGGAAAAUGUUUCACCUUAACAGACGAAAACUAUAAAUAUGAGUUGUGCCCUUUUUCCAAUGUAACACAGCAUGAGCAGUCAUUGAGAUGGAAUCCAUAUAGCGGAAUACUUGGUGUGUGGCAAGAAUGGGAAAUAGAGAAUAACACAUUUGUUGCCAUGGUUAUGAGGGAAGGAGAUAAAUGUGGAAGUAAUCAAAGAACAAUGAAGGUAUUUUUCAAAUGUGGUAAGGGGAACAAGGUGCUGAAUGUCAGUGAGCCGUCCACCUGUAACUAUCACAUGAACUUUAGUACACCCUAUGUCUGCCAUAAACAGUCUAUGUUAGUUUACCCCACCUUAAACAAACAGUUACAGAGAGAAUGGGGAUUAUUGGAAGGAGAACUUCAAAGAGGGGAGAUAACCAAAAAGGGAUAUAAGAAGUACUUGUCAAGGAUAUUUGUGAAGGCAGGCUACAUGUUAUCUGAAGAAACAAGACAGGACAUAUCACAUGAUGCAGUGGAGAAAGAAAAUGCUGCAAAAGAGAAAGAAGAAAAAACAUUCACUGAUGUGUACACAUGUAGAGAGGCAUACCAAAAACUACAAAAAGAAGUUGAAGAUUUAAGAAACCAGUUGGCUGAAAAAGAAAACAAUGAUAGAGCAUAUGGUCACCACGGUAUGGAUGAUGACUAUCUUCAUGAUUAAAUGGCCGUGAAUCAGUGUGACAACAUGUGCAAUAUUUUUACUUUAACUGAUACGAUAUGUCUGAAAUACAGCAUGAAUAAUGUAAUUGUGUUUAAAUUAUGGGGAUGUCAUUAUUUCUUACAUUGUGAGGUAUUUGCUUGUAAUAUGUAAACAAACAAACAACAGCUUGCUGAAUAUGGAAUGCUGUUGAAGUUAGAAGAUUAAAUUCAGUAGAUUUUUAGCUGAACUGUACAAAGUAUAUGGAGAGCUGUCCUACUUGCCUUGGUGUCUCUGUACAGAUUUCAAAUUAAAGUUUUUGUGCAGUACAAUAUUUUUUACUAUAACUUCAUUAUUUUUAUUAAGAUAUUAACUUUAAAAAUAUGUUCCUUAACAUCAGCCACAUCUUAGUGACAAGGUUCAUAACUCUAGAAGCUAUAUUUUCAGAAAAAUCCUGAAUUAUCUCCCCAUAAACUUAGAUGUAUGCUAAAAAUGUUGUUUUUUUACUAUAACGUCUUUAUUUCUUAAGGUAUCUACUUCAAACUUCAAAUGUUCCUUAUCAUCACCCACACCCUUUCCUGUAUUUCUGGAAUUAUCACCAUUUAAUUUUGAAAUUUAUUGGAAAUUGUUUAUAUUUGUUUAAAGUAUUAUCUUUGUUAUUAUAAGAAGUAUCUACUUUAGACUUAAAAUAAUUGUUCUUUGUCAUUAUCACAUCAUGUUUGACAAGGUUCAUAACUCUAGCAUCUUCAUUUCAAGAGUUAUUUCCUCUUUGAACUUAUUUUACUUUAAAAACUUCAUAAUUAUACUUCUUGCUCUUAUUAUUUUUGUUACUGAAGAGAUUGACUUCAGAUUUCAAAUUGUUGUAUUUUCCAUUAGUCUAGAUCAUAGAAAUGUCUGCUUAACUUUUAUUGACAUGAAUGUUCACAUGUAUAUUAUGUAUUGAAAAAAUAUGUAAGAAAUAUUAUCGGUCUCAGCGGCGUUUAUCAGCUAUUUAACACCGGUUUGGAGUUUUGACCACGAAGGCCUUAGGCCUGAGUGGUUAAUUUUUUCGCAUCAAAACGACAAAACAGGUGUUAAAAAGCCGAUAAACACCACUCAGACCGAUAUUAUUUUGAUUCUAACAAGAUAAAAUAAGGAAGACCACUACUGUUGUUUUUUCAAGCGAAAAUGAUUUCCAGUGCCGAUUUUCGUACAAUGCUGUUUGAUUUCGCACUCUACUUUUGAUAAUAUCUAGAAAUUAUUAAACAAAAGAAAUAAUAAGAAAAAAGUUAUUUUAUCAAGUUUUUAACAAGAAAAACUUAUGUCUUAGAAUGGAUUGUAUUGUGUUUACAUCAGUGCCCAAUUUAUCAUUCUUGUAUGUUUGAAAUGAUGUCAGCGUUUAUGAAUGAGUUGUAUACUUAGGAUGACGUCAUUUUGCUGCUUACGGAUUGGCACCGUUUUGUCAAAAUAUUUAUUAACUGACAUGGAUCAAAUCUGUGGUGUUAGUGUAUGUUAGAUAUUAUUUCGGUAUUGUAUGAAAAGAACACAUAUGAACGGAAAAUAUAAAUUAAAAAUGCUUUUUUUAUUGUUGCUUUAAAAGGCUUUGUAAUCUAUAUAAUCUUGGGAGAAAACAUAACAGCCGCAUAUACAAGUAGUCCUUAACCAGUGUUUAUUGGCAGUUUAACACUGUUUUUUUUUUUUCUUCUUUGUCUAUAGUAAAAAAAUCACGAAGAGUGUUAGAAUGAACAUUUGAGUUCUUUGAUUGAUUUUUUUUAAUAGUUUUGAGAGGUUUUUGAUAUAUCAAAAGAAACUGAUACAUUGGGAAACACUUUCUUUGAUAAAGGAAUUUUGAGGACAUUUGUUAUAUUAAAGCGAUUUAAGAAAAGUGUUAAUUAUUUCUAUGAUUUCCAAUAGUCUACAAAUAAUCCAGUGAAUCUCAACUCUAAAGCUAAAAUACUCAUAUGCUAGUGGUAAGUUGCUUCUUGCCUUAAAAUACUUUGCAUUAAAUCAAGAUUUAUUUAUUUAUUUUAUUUUUCUUUCUUGUGGGAAAGGGUCCUUGUCCAGUCUAAUUGGGACAAAAUGUGUGUUGUGAUGCCAAAAUUUGGAUUUUUUAAAAUAAGUUCACACAAUGUCAUAUUUUUGUUUUAUUUAUCUUUACAUUAUAGAUCAAUGUCUUUUUUGUGUGUGUUUCUUUUGAAUAUUUCAGUUAUGCUUGUUAACAUGUUCCAUCAGCUUAAUUUUAGUCAAAUAUUUAUGGGGGAUUCACUACUCAGAGAUAUGAUAUCUCAAAUUUAUAUAUUUGGAAAUAUUUUGGCAAAAAUGUUUGUAUUUUCAACUUGGAAAGGUACCUUUUACCAGACCAAAACAAAGAAGGAAAAUAUUGCUGUGUAAUAUGAUUUUAACAUAGAUGUCAUUAAAAUUAAGAACCUAAUUUUUCUACUGAAUGGUUGAUAUAUGAACAUCUUAUGAUCUUCAAUCAUGCUUCUAGCUGUUUGGUAAAUUCACUGCAUAUUUUUAAUAUGUCAAUGAUAAUUUAUGAUCAGUAUUUCCUGUUGUAAAUUAUAUAGUAACAUGUAGUAUUUGUUUGACGUUAUGUUUAGUUGUUUAAAUUACAAAUACACUGUAUUAAAAAAGUUGGAAAGGGUAGAACAGUAGCCUAGAUGUUAAAGUGUCUGCCUCUCAAUCGAGGGAUCAUGUGUUGAAGCCCUAAUCGAGUCACCACCAUGUUUCUUCAUAUGACACCAGUACUGGUUGGUUCCAGGAAGCAGACUCUAAAAUGAUUAAUAUAAGCUGCAAGAACUUGUUUCUCACACAAGCUUAUAUACAUGUAUAAAUAUUUGUAAACUAGGGGUAUAUUAUAAUUGUUAAAAUUAUGUGGGAUUUUAUGUUUGAAUUACGUGGGAUUUUAUUGUUUGGUUUCUAUGUUGUCAUUAAAUUUUAAGACGAUUUUUGCUAGAAACAACUCAUUUUUGUGGGCUUUGUAUAUUAGUUAUGCUUUGAGGUACUUGUAGGCACAUUAUGCCCCAGUAACAAAUAAAUUUUUACUUCUUUACAGAGGGAAAACACGGGUUUAAUAAUGUUUAAAUAAUAGUAUGUAUGUAGGAUGCUUGUUUCUUCAAGAAAGUGAAAUAAAUAAAAGUGAAAUAGAUAAAAAUGAAAUAAUUUGUCAUAAAGGUAACAUAAUGUAAACAAAGCAGUGCAAUGUAUUUUUGACUUCCAUACAAAAUACUAAAUAACUAUAAUUGUACUUAAUUUAAAAUUUCUUUUUUUAGAAACAAUAAAAGUAGACUAAAAAUAAAAAGUUUUUGAGAACUAACAAUAAAUUAUUUUUGAGGCAUAAUGGGCCUUUAAUUCUAAGACGCUUUAAACAAGUAUAAAGUAUCUAUUGAAGGGGAUAUUGAUUGAACAAGUUUAGUUGUUUGUGCUCUUUUUUCUU